AUGGGCAUUGUCCGAGUCCGUAAACAGCUAUACAUCAACGAGGUCGUUCUUGGAACCGGUUUCGGCGUCCUCAUGGGGCCUCAUGCCGCUAAUAUCUUCGAUCCACGGUCCUGGGGCUCGGAGGAGAUGUCUCAACGUAUAACGCUAGAAGUAAUGCGCGUCGUCCUGGCCACGGGUCUUUUCGCAAUUGGAGUAGAGCUGCCGAAUUCAUAUCUUGCAGAUCACGCUAAGGGGUUGCUGAUCAUGGUCGUUCCGACCAUGGCUUUCGGUUGGCUCAUAGUUGCUGCCAUCAUAUAUGUUCUCUUUAUUCCUAUCAACUUCAUCUCUUCCCUUGCCAUUGCCGCCUGUCUCACACCGACCGACCCGAUUAUCUGUGCGGCUAUCGUCGGCGGUAGAUUUGCGAUCAAGCAUGUCCCGAAGAACCUGCGACUUGUUCUCUCUGCAGAGUCUGCGGCGAACGACGGGUUGGCAUAUCCUUUCCUCAGCAUCUCACUCUACUUAACGCUCGAGUCGUCUCGGGCCGCGGCUAUAGAGAAGUGGCUCGUCAUAGGAUGGCUCUAUCAGGUUGUCCUUGGGACCUUAAUAGGCACGGCGAUGGGUCUUGGCUUUUCGCAGCUGAUAAAGUUCUCGCACCGCAAAGGAUUUAUUGACCGAGAGUCCUAUGUCUCGCAAUACCUUGCCCUCGCAAUCUUCACCAUCGGCGUUGCUAGCACGAUCGGCAGCGACGACCUGCUUGCCGCCUUUGCUGCGGGUUCCGCCAUAUCCUGGGACGGCCAUUUCAACAUCCAAACUGAGAAUGAGGUCUUCUCGUCCGUCAUCGAUCUCGUCCUCAACUGUGGGUGCUUCGUCUACAUCGGAGCUUGGUUGCCCUUCACCGCAUUUAACUCGCCUGAACUUGGUAUUACCCCAUGGCGGUUAAUUAUCUUGUUUAUCGCGAUAUUGGCACUUCGCCGUAUCCCUGCGCUGCUGCUGCUCUACCGAUGGGUACCUGAGAUCUCGGACUGGCGCGAGGCAUUUUUUUCAGGCCAUUUCGGUCCCAUGGGUGUUGGUGCGAUCUUCGUGUCGACCUUAGCUGUGUCUCGACUCCCCAAGCCGCACGAUCCUCCCCAAAACCAACAAGAGGUCCUUGCAGCUACACUUCAAACCAUUGUGGCCUUUGUUGUCCUCGGUUCUAUCCUUAUCCAUGGUCUAUCCAUCCCUUUUUUCUCCGUGGGCCGCCGCAUCCACUCGCGUACUGUCUCCAUGUCCCGUACCUGGACAUCACGCACGACCGUCGUGCCUGAUUGGCUACUUGGAACCCGGCGUGUGCCUGAGGCUAUGACGGAGGCUACUGCGAGCAUCCACAGUUCCGCCACUCUUCCUGAUGUCGAGUCCGGCCUUCCGCAAGCGACUACAAUAGAAAACAAUGUCAACGUACAUCAUCUCAGGUCCGCAACUGACGCUGGUGACCUUAUUGAGCGGCGGGAAGAUAUGACGGCCGAGAGACGUCGUUCACCUGCACCCCGCGAGGCGAGCACGCCGGAGCCACCUGCGGAAAGGGCGAACAGGAUGAGUGGCUUACGUAGGCGGUUUCCCAGUCCAGACGCUACUCGUCAACCCUCCCCUGCGCGCAGCGAGAAUGUAUGUCGCCCUAGAUCUCUUGAUUCUGUUGCUAACUAUCUCCCUCCAGUUACGCUGCUCUGUCCCGAAUGUCGAAGUUGA